AUGGCUUCGACAACCUCAGAACAACCGCAGAAUGGUGCUGCUUUAGACCCGGCUCAGGUCCCUGCUCCGGCCAGCAGGUCUGACCUACAGCUUCCCGUCCGCACAAAGAGCACCGCCUCUAUCCCUCCACCGGGUCAAUCUUUGACGGGAAAGCAAGAGCACUACCUCAAGCGGGAGCUGAUUUCCGAGCAAGUCAAGUAUGAAAUCUCGGAGCUCAACUCCCCCACGGCCCUCAAGCGCUUCGGCGCCCCCUUCAAAUCUGACAUGGGAGAGGUGUCCCCCUUGGAUUCGGAGCUCCCCAUCCUGCGCUACAUCUUCGUUCACCAUGUCCGCGAUUUCCCUUUUCUCGACAAGGCCAAGGAGAAGGAGUUUUGGCAAGACAAGCUGCAAGUGUUCCUAGAAUCCUUUGCGACCAAGAACAUCUCCUCCUCCGAAGAUAGACUUGAAGAGACCAAGAGACGCAAGUUGGCCAUAAAAUGUCAGAAGCUAGUCGAGUUGAUGAUGGUGUCGGGUUGCAAGACCUCCUCCGGCUUCGAGGAGAGGAUACGCUUUUCCGAGAUUGAGGUCGUCGACAGCAAUGCCAUCGACACGGGAGUCAUGCAUACGAUGCCCGAGGGCAACUACAUCAAUGGCUGGGAUAUUAAUAUUGCUGCUGUGCGCAUCACUUCGGAGAGAAAGAAGAUCAGAACCCACAAGCACGCGGAAUUCAUCAUGCGCAUUCAUCGCAAGGGCGAGCUCGAGUUCUUCAUUGGCAGACGGUAUGGCGACUUUCUGAGACUGCACAGGAGGCUGCGCUUGGAGCUCCCAGGAAAGGUCCUCCCCACCUUGCCCAAGAAGAAUAAGUCGGACACGACAGCUUCAGGCUUGUUCUCCUCCCUCACUGGCGGCGGAACGCCUGAUUCAUCUGCAUCGUCUAUUUCCUCGGUGUCGACUCAAAUGACUGGUUUCCACCAACCCAACGAACCCUCUAAGCUCUCUGUGCUAGGACACAAACGCGCGGGCUCCACGACCUCUGGCCGCAACUCCCCCCGAGUGUCCACCGACAGUAGACCGAAGAGCCCUCUCCCCUUCCUGAGCAAGAAGAACAACGAGCCGGUCACGUUGUGGCGUGAGAGCCAGCGAGUCUCACUUAGGGCGUUCAUUCGCUCCCUCUUAUCGAACCCUCAGAUCGCUCAGACCAAGGCAAUGGAGGAGUUCCUCACGAAAGACCCCAUCACCCCGACCGACGCCGAUAUCGAUGACAUCGAGAGGAGAAAGGCGGUGGAUGAGUUGCGCAUGGAAGAGCAAAAGAGGUUCUACGAGAUUGCACGGAAGCGCGCGGCGGAGCUCGACAUUUAUAUGGAAGAGUUCCGCCAGGAAAUCGUUGAGCGCAACGGUCUCACGUCACUGUUCAAGGAGAUCAAGGACAAGGAGACCAUCCAGGAUCUCAGCAUCCAGUACCGGAAGUUUGCUGAGUGGUUACGCAUAGAGGUUGCGGCAACGAUCUACCACUUGUUCCUUGCGGAAGACAACUCGCCCGAGCUGUUUGCCCAGGCCAAGAGGAUACACUCUCUCAUCCCAUACACUGUGAUGAAGAACGUCAUCAGAAUCGCAAACCCCGCAGCCGUUAUGUCCGGCGUUUUGGAUAUCUUCCUGGCGCAACCAUUCGGCACUCGCUCGCUUCUCCAGCGUAUCUUCUCGCUUACCUUGAAUGACGGCAUCCGGAGUUUCCAGAAAUCCAUCGAUACGCUUGCUGAUAAGAUUGGCGACGAAGUUUUGACCAAGAAGCUGAAGCUGUACACAGAGUCAGAGGAGCAAAUCAAGGUGGCCAUUCGGGAGGAGGCUGCAGCCGAGGAUAUCGACUUGAUUGUCGUCAUCCUGCGCUCAGAAUACCUCGAGCCUGCCCUGACGUCCGAGCAGAUCGGCCGACUUUACAACGCUUAUGUUGCUUUCAACAAUGCUGUCGAAAACGUGGACGAGGAACUGAAACAGGGUGCCCAGCUCUUCUCGUACCUGAAGCAGUUCUUGAAGCUAUGCACGAGACAGCACGACAAGGCACUGAUGUUGCAAUUGGUGGAGGAGCCAGUCACACUCCAGCUCUUCAGGGAUCUGUUCACGAUCUUCUACGAACCGCUUGUUAGGGUUUACAAGUCGGCCAACGUGUACAACAGCGUUACUGACUUUGCCGUCUUCAUUGACGACAUGAUCCAGGUCGUUGAGAAAUGCCAGGAGCAGGACGCUUCGGCCGAUCCUAACCAGACAGUACAAGCUUUCAUCGACUUGUGCCAGAGACACGAGCAUAAUUUCUACAAAUUCGUCCACGAGGUCCACACGCAUGACAAUGGACUCUUCGACCAGUUGAUGGGUUGGAUAGAAGACAUCCUCGAGUUCCUCCGGAAGGGUCCCAAGAACGGUACAUUGAACAUCAACGCCUUGUUCGAGGGAGGCAUUAGUUCUGGUGCAAUCAACAAGGAGAAGGUUAUCGAAGAGGUCAACGCACUCAUUUCUUGGCAAGAAGCCAGGAAGAAGUGGCACCACGACAAGACCCGGCAGAAGAUGGCUGCGGAGGGCAAUGGUGGUCCGGAUCUUGUCCCUACGGGCUUUUCAUCUUCAGACUUCGGUCUUGAUCAGCAAGAUCUUCAAGACAUGGCAUACGAUGAUGACGCUGAGGAUGAAGAAGAGGCGGAGGAGGAAGAUCAGCUCGACCCUAUCGAGGCCGAGCGCCGCCGUCGCGCUAAGAGACGUGAUAGGCUUCGCCGGAGCGCUGGCGAACCGGUCAAGCCACCAGUCUCCGAGGUUCACAAGCUCAAGGAGAAUUUCCUUGUCAUGUUGCGUGAGGUUCUGGCCGAGUAG